AUGCUUCUUGGAACUUUUAUAUCUAUCUGUCUUCUUCCUUUUUAUCGUUUCUAUUUUCUUCCUUUUUCUAUUUUCUUUCUUUCUUUCUUUCUUUUUGGAAAUUUUCUUUUUUUCCUUAUUUCUUCUUUUUUUCCCUAUUUCUUUCUGCGUGGAGAUUUUCUUUCGUUCUAUCUUUUUUUAUUUUUGGAAAUUCUUUAUUUUCUUUGUUUUCUUUAUUUCUUUAUCUUCUACUUUCUUCCUUUCUUUUUGGAGAUGAUCGUUCUGUUUUAUUUUCUGUUCUUUUCAUAUUUUUUUUCUUUCCUUCUUUUUGGAGAUGCUCUUUCCGGUUUUCUUCUUUUUCUUCAAUCGCUUACCUUUGGUUUUAAAUUUCACUCUUCCACUUGUUUCUCUUUUUUUUUCCCUUCUUUUUUUUCUCUUCUUUUUUCUCUUCUUUUUUUUCUCUUCUUUUUUCUCUUUUUUUUUCUCUUCUUUUUUCUCUUUUUUUUUUCUCUUCUUUUCUGCAUUUCUAUUUUUUUUUUAGAUUCUAUAAACCCUUCCUCACUUCCUUCUUCCUCCUCCUUUUCUUCUUCUUCUUCUUUUUCUCCUUCUUUUUCUUCUUCUUCUUCUUCUUUCCACGUUACUUUUUCAUUCCUACCUCCCUUCUUUCCUCCCUUCCUUCCUCUUUUCUUCUUCCUUCCUUCCUUAUUUCCUGUCUUCCUUCUUCUCCUUUCUUCCUUCUUUCAUUCCUUCCUUCCUUCUGAUUCAUUCCUUGCUUUUUUCAUUCAAUAUUCUUUCUUCCUUUCUUUUUGGAGAAGAUCCUACUGUUUUACUUUCUUUCUGUUUUUUCAUUUUUUUUUCUUUCUUUCUUUUUGUCAAUGCUCUUUCCGUUUUUUUAUUUUAUUUUUUUUUUUCUUGAAUCCUUUAUCUUUGUUUUCUUUUUUUUCUUUAUUGCAUUUUACUUUUUUCACAUUUUACUACUUUGUCACGUUAUUUCCGGAUUUUGAUUCUAUCUUUUUUAUAUCAAUAGCAACUUCCUUCCUUCCUUCCUUCCUUCCUUCCUUCCUUCCUUCCUCUUUCCCUUCCUCUUUCUUCUUCCUUCCUUCCUUCCUGCCUUCAUUCAUUCAUUCCUUUUGUCUUCUUCUCCCUUUCUUUCUUCUUCUUUUUCUUCUUCUUUCUCACUUUCUUUCUUCUUCCUCCUUCCUUCCUUCCUUUUGUCCUCUUCUUCUCCUUUCCUCCUCUUUCUUCCUCUUCUGCUUCUUCUUCUUCUCCUUUCCUUGCUUCCUUCUUCUUUCCUUCUUCUCCUCCUCCCUACCUUCAUUCCUUCCUUUCCUCUUCUUCUUCUUCUUUCUCACUUCUUUCUUCUUCCUCCUUCUUUCUUCUUCUUCUUCUUCUUCCUCCUUCCUUCCUUUUGUCUUCUUUUUCUCCUUUCCUUCCUUCUUCUUCUUCUUCUUCUUCUAUCCCCAUUUCCCCCUUCCUUCCUUCCUUCCUUCCUUUUGUGUUCUUCUUCUCCCUUCGUCCUUCUUCUUCUUCUUCUUCUUCUUUCCUUGCUUCCUUCCUUUUGUCUUCUUCUUCUCCCUUCCUUCCUUCCUUCCUUCCUUUUGUUUUCUUCUUCUCCCUUCCUUCCUUCCUUUUGUCUUCUUCUUCUCCUUUCCUUCCUUCCUUCCUUCCUUCCUUCCUUCCUUCCUUCCUUCCUUUUCACCUUUUAUCUUUCAUUUCUCUCGUUUCAUUUUCUGCUUUAAAUUAUUGUUUUUAUUUAAGUAUUUCAUUUAUCCCCUUUACUCUUCUUUCGAAACAUUCUCUCUCUCUCUCUCUCUCUCUCUUUCUGAUCCCUGCUUCUUGUUGCCCUCUUCUUUCACCCUUUUCUCCACCUUUCCUUCACUGAUUGAUUGCUUGCUUUUCUCAUUCAACAUCGAUGCGACUUUAAUCAAAUCUCCCCCUCUCUGUUUCUACCUCUCUGUUUCUAUCUCUUUCUUUUUCUUACGUAUUCUUCUACUCCUCAUCCUCUCCCUAUUUUACUGUCACGAAAUGCUUCAACCAUCUGCCAUAUUUUAG